AUGGUGUUUCCUAAUCUGCCAGGCGUGGCAUCUCUCUUCACCCUCAUUACUGCGACCCUUAUCCCUAGCGCUCAAUCCUUAGCCACCGCUGCAAAAACGAACGUCACAGACCGGCAAGCGCAAUUAGUGCAGAUCCCCUAUGGCGUGAACAUCCACCAUUGCUACGUCCCCGGAACUGUAGCCAUAACCUUCGACGAUGGACCCUACAUUUACACAGAGGAGCUGCUCGGGAUCCUCGCGCAAUACGGCGCAAAAGCGACCUUCUUCGUGAACGGCCACAACCUAGGCGGCAACGAAUGGCUCCUCCGGCGCAUGGUCAACGAAGGGCAUCAACUAGCAUCGCACACAUGGGGCCAUCCAGACCUUACCAUCCUCAGCUAUGACCAGAUCGUUGACCAAAUGACCCGGCUUGAGUCUGCGUUCGCGGCGGCCGUCGGAGUGGUUCCUACCUACAUGCGACCUCCAUACCUCGCGGCCAACGACUAUGUUCUUAGCGUCAUGGGCGAGCUCGGCUACCAUGUUAUUGGCGUCAGUGUUGACACGAAGGACUAUGAGAACGACCAUCCCGAUCUGAUUGGGCGCAGCGUGGCCAAGUACAACUCUGAGCUUGACCAGGGAGGAACCAUUGUCCUGGCGCAUGAUAUUCACGAACAGACGGUACGGACUUUGACGCGCAUCAUGUUGGAGGAAGUCUACGAACGAGGGUUGCAUCCAACAACUGUCGGAGAGUGCCUUGGUGAGGAUGGAUGGUAUCGCUAG